UAAUAAAUUACAUUUUGUCUUUUUUUUAGCCAUCAAUAAUCUAUUGUCUUAAAUACCAGUACAAUGUAAAAAAUUCAACAACAAGAAACAAAGAGCAUUUACUAUGUCAUCAGAAAAAGUAAAAAGCACAGUUGAAAACGCUGAAGGAAGUAAAAAGAGUGAACCUAGUAAGUUAUCAAUCUCCUUAAAAGCUGGAGAUAAAAGAAGUUGUGGCAGAGUGGACGAGAAAAAAACACUUUGUAUCAACAUUGGAAAAAAGAAAUCUGAUUCAUCUGAAGAAAUUUCAAAGAAGGUAACAAUGACAAAGUCUAAUAAUGAAUGUGCACUCAAAGAUCUAAAAGGAAGGGCUGCUGAAGCGUUUAACAAUGAGUCAGAUUCAGAAGAAGAAGAAAUGCCCCUUGAAUGUCGCAUGAAAAUGAGGAACAUGGGCAGGGAUACUAUCACCUCUGCAGGACCAAAUUCAUUUAAUAAAGGAAAAGAAGGAUUUUCACAUAAUUCUUUUAAAAAGUUUGAGCUUUCUAUGAAGCCUAGAAAUAACAAAGAAUCAAAACACAUUACAUAAACAGAUAAAUGUUUGAGAAAAGAGUUAUUUAUUAUUUUUUGACAGUUUCUAUGAUGAAUGGAUACUCAUAGCAAAUUUUUUUUACCUAUGCAUAGCUAACUGGAAUGCUAUCAUUGCAGAAAUGAAAGUUAAAAAUGAGAGCUUGCAUCGCUUUUAAAUUUUUAUAAAGUUGUACUUGAAAUAUUAAAAAUGUGA